AGAUGAAUAUGAUUUAAUUCCAUUUAUUGAAACACAGGAUGAGAAACAUUUAUUGGUUGAAAAUCACAAGUUAGCAAUUAAUGCCUCUAUUGUUCCAACUUUUUACAUCUUCAUAUAUAAACUACUACUUGAAAUACCAAGGCCAUUCCAAGCAGGUCAUUCUCUGCUUUCUGAUAAUGAAUUGAAAGCAGUCUCAUAUAGCAGAGCUGUGAUACUUGUUAACCCAGAAACUGCAACUGCUUGGAAUAUAAGGAAGGAACUAGUUGUCACUAAUGAACUAUGUGCAAAAGAAGACUUGCUUUUCUCCAAAUUAAUACUAACUAAACAUCCAAAGAGCCCUGAGACUUGGGUUCACAGACGAUGGCUUCUUAAAAAUCUCUAUCUAGAUACAUCUCCAAAACAUGUCGAGUCUGAUGUAAUCUUAGAUGAGUUUACUGUAUGUACCAUGGCUGCAGAUAAGUAUCCUAGCAACUACAGUGCCUGGAGUCAUCGGCUGUGGGUGCUGAAUAGUCUAGUCAAUGAUAGAAAAGAUGAGGUUCUUCAAAAGGAGUUGCUAAACAGCAAAACUUGGAUAAACAGACACAUUUCAGACCACAGUGGGCUGCAUUACCGAGGAAUCUUAAUUCAGUUUCAUAUCCGGAAGAGGCACCCCAAUUGGCUUGAGGUCCUCCUACAGGAGGCUUCCUUAGUUGAGGAACUGAUUGAUCACUACCCAUGCCAUGAGGCAUUAUGGUACUACAGGAGACUCAUUGUGUAUCUGUUGUUCAAGAAUGCAGGAAGUAUGGAUAAUUCAUUGCUAAAAUCAUGGGCAGUACAGAGCCGCCACAAAACAACAGUCAUUGACCAGUUUGAUAAUGCAGACCAGAGUUGCAAAGACCAAAGCAGUUGUCAAGCUGAUACUUUUGAAAAAUCUUGUGGUUUAAAAACAACAAUAAAUGUUAGGAGCAUGAACACAGUGCUGGAAAACCAAAACCCAAUUGCACAUUGUAUUGUAGACUACAAUGUCAGACUAUUUCAACUAGAAAUGAAUAUCAUGAUUCUUAAAGAAUUGAAAAAGACCAGAUGAAAAAGAAUCCUUUCUGUUUAAAAUACA